AUGGCGGGCCCACCGCCCACCUUUCCAACUUCCGGCUUCAACCUCCAGAAGCUUGAUAAUUCGAAGCUGGAGCUCGCGUUCGAAGAAGGACAUGAUGCCGACAUCCCCUCCAACACAGGUGUCUAUGAUCCCAAUGAGCUGCAUGGCACCGCUUCCCAUCAUGCCAAAGCAAAAACAACGCUAUUCCACCAUGCAGAGCACGAUAUAGAAAGAGACGCAGAAAAAGGUCCCAGCGGCACUCCAAGCAAUGCGCCCAGCGAGCCACCAGAAGAAAAUGGCGAGAAAGAGCAGCAAGAAGACGACCCAAACAUCGUAUGGUGGGAGAACGACCGCGAUCCGCAGAAUCCGAUGAAUUGGAGCGAGAGCAAGAAAUGGGCGAACAUCGGGCUGCUCUCCUUCGUCACAUUCGUCACACCCCUCGCGUCCUCCAUGUUCGCGCCCGGCGUCCCGAAAGUCCUCGCCGAGUUCCACACAAGCAACACGGAGCUCGCCGCCUUCGUCGUCAGCGUGUACAUCCUGGGCUUCGCGCUGGGCCCGCUGAUCGUGGCGCCGCUGAGCGAGACGUACGGCCGGCUGCCGCUCUACAACGGCUGCAACGUCGGCUUCCUGGUGUUUACGAUUGCGUGCGCCGUCAGUGACUCGAUGGGCAUGCUGAUCGGGUUCCGCUUCCUGGCGGGCUGCUUUGGGUCCGCGUGCUUGAGCAUUGGCGGCGGCACCAUUGCCGACCUUAUGCCUCAGGAACGGAGGGGUGGCGCUAUUGCUAUCUGGGCUAUGGGGCCGCUGCUGGGCCCGGUUGUGGGACCUGUGGCUGGUGGGUUUUUGGUCCAGGCGAAGGGCUGGCGCUGGGUGUUUUGGCUGAUUGCAAUCAUCGCCGGCGCCGCGACCAUCGCCUGCGCCAUCUUCAUGCGCGAAACGUACGCACCCGUCAUCCUCGCGCGCAAAACCGCCCGCCUGCGUGCCAGCACCGGUAACGCGCAACUGCACAGCAAACUCGAUGCCGGGAUUGGCGGGCGCGCCCUCUUUAUGCUCAGCAUCGUGCGCCCGACUAAGAUGUUGUUUCUCAGCCCUAUCGUGGCAGCCAUGUCGCUGUACACGGCCGUCGUGUACGGGGUGCUCUACCUCCUCUUCACGACCUUCACGUUCGUCUUCGAGCAGCAGUACGGCUUCAGCAGCGGGACAGUCGGGCUGACGUACAUUGCCAUCGGGAUUGGGAUGCUAGCGGGGCUGCUGGUGGUCGGGGUUGCGAGCGACCGGCUCGUGAGGGCCGAGAAGGCGCGCGGCCGCGCCAUGAAGCCCGAACACCGCAUCCCGCCCAAGCUGGUCCUGCUGCCCUCGGUGUGCAUCCCUGCGGGCUUGUUCGUCUAUGGCUGGACCGCAGAGACGCGCCAGCAUUGGAUCGUCCCGCUCGUGGGGACCCUGGUGCUCGGGUUUGGGCUGCUGGCUUGUAAUAUGACAAUCCAAACGUACCUAAUCGACGCCUUCGCGACGCACGCCGCCAGCGCCAUCGCCGCAAACGCCGUCCUGCGCUCCCUCUUCGGCGCGCUGCUCCCGCUGGCCGGUCUGCGCAUGUACGACGCGCUCGGGCUGGGCUGGGGCAACUCGCUGCUGGCGUUUGUGGCGCUUGCGCUCGUGCCCGUCCCGCUUGUGUUUUGGCGCUAUGGCGAGAGGGUUAGGGAGAGGUUUGUUGUGCGGUUGUAG